AUGUCCUCCGUACGCUCAGACCACUGUUACCGCGGGAGCUCCACAACAACGCGAGCGGUAGUUGAACCUGCGACACAAAUUACUGCGAUUGUACAUUUGGGAAAUAACUCCAGUUUAUUGAACUAGGUUAUACUUUUCGCAAGUCAGGCUGGUACUGUUCAGGGCUGUCUCUUGUUUGUUGUAUUUUCCGUGUCGUGCUUUUGCUUUUAGCUAUCCUGCUAGGUUGCUAGUUUUAAAAACGGACAAACGGCAUCGCCCCAGACACUCCCAUAAAAGCGUGCGCUUGGAUUGUAGCUGUUCCCGGACUACGCACUUGGUACCUACUACUAAAAUACUUGAGGAACUGCGAGUUGUCAGCAUAUAUAUAUAACAGUAUUCCUCUAAAGCUACCCGUAUCAUGGCCCAAGCCGACAUGGAGAGUGGUCGUGAGGGGGAAGACGGAGAGUGCGAGUCGGACGUAAUUGCGGAGGGUAACCUGCUGGGAGGUUUCGUCGAGAGCACCGAGACCCGGGCGCUGAUCGCCGGGCUCGCUGAGAUGCACGAUGACAUCAAAAACAGGGAGUCCGUGACACAGCGGUUCCUGGUUAUAAUGGACCGAUAUCAGGAACAGCCUCAUCUUCUGGACCCACAUCUUGAGUGGAUGUUGAACCUGCUGUUGGAGCAGAUCCGCAGUGAGCAGUCUCCUCCUCUGCUUGUCCAUUUGGGCUUUAAGUUCCUCUACAUCAUCUCCAAGGUGCGGGGACACAAGGUGUUCAUGCAGCUCUUUCCUCACGAGGUUUCAGACCUCCAGCCCGUACUGGACCUGCUGACCCGCCAGGAUCCCAAAGAUCAUGAGACGUGGGAGACGCGCUACAUGCUGCUCCUCUGGCUCUCCAUGACGUGCCUCAUACCCUUUGACCUGUCCCGGCUGGACGGCCACCUGACCUCUGAACCCGGCCUGGGCAGAGAACCCAUCAUGGACCGCAUCCUGGCUGUCGCCAAGUCGUACCUGACCGUCAGUGACAAAUCCCGGGAUGCCGCUUCUAUGCUGGUUUCAAAGUUUGUGACUCGUCCGGAUGUCAAGCUGAAGCGGCUGGGCGACUUCCUGGACUGGUGCCUGACGACGGUUGCCCAGAGCAACGAGCUGACCAUGGAGGGGACGGUUGUGCUGGACGGGAUGCUGCAGUCUCUGGCUCAGCUGUUUAAGCACGGGAAGAGAGAGGACUUCCUGCAGUACGCCCCGACGGUGCUGCAGUGCCUGGACCAGCGUCGGCUGCCGGAGAGCAACCAGGCCAUGCUGAGGAAGCUGGGGGUGAAGCUGGUGCAGAGGCUGGGCCUGACCUUCCUCAAGCCCCGGCUGGCCAAAUGGAGGUACCAGAGAGGGAACCGGUCCCUGGCUGCCAAUCUGUCCCAGUCCAGCAAGGCCGCAGACCCACAGGGCCCCCAGCCCAGCCUGGAACCGUCGGGCAUGGAGGAAGACUACGACAUCCCAGAGGAGAUCGAGAAUGUGAUAGAACAACUGCUGGUGGGUCUGAAGGACAAGGAGACCAUCGUGCGCUGGUCUGCGGCCAAAGGGGUCGGGAGGGUGACGGGCAGACUCCCUAAGGAACUGGCGGACGAGGUGGUGGGCUCAGUUCUGGACUGUUUCAGCUUCCAGGAGACGGAUAACGCCUGGCACGGCGGCUGCCUCGCCCUGGCAGAGCUGGGCAGGAGGGGCCUGCUGCUGCCCUCCCGGCUUCCUGACGUGGUGCCCCUGGUCCUGAAGGCUCUGACGUACGAUGAGAAGCGGGGCGCGUGCAGCGUGGGGUCCAACGUGCGGGACGCCGCCUGCUACGUGUGCUGGGCCUUCGCCCGCGCCUACGAGCCGCCCGAGCUCAAGCCCUUCGUCACGCAGAUCGCCAGCGCCCUCCUCAUCACGACCGUGUUCGACCGGAACGUCAACUGCCGAAGAGCGGCCUCCGCAGCCUUCCAGGAGAAUGUGGGCAGGCAGGGCACCUUUCCUCACGGUAUCGACAUCCUGACUGCUGCCGACUACUUCGCCGUGGGGAACCUGAACAACUGCUACCUGAGCAUCAGCGUGUACAUCGCAAGCUUCCCAGAAUACACCAGGCCUUUGAUCGACCACCUCGUGUCCAGGAAGGUCAAUCACUGGCAUGGGGGAAUCCGUGAGCUGGCCACGAAAGCCCUGCAUAACCUGACUCCACAAGCUCCUGACUACAUGGCCAACACUGUUCUACCACAGCUGCUGCCCAUGGCAAUAGGACUCGACAUGCACGGACGACAUGGAGCCAUUUUGGCUUGUGCAGAGAUCACCCACGCUCUGUACAAACUCACCUCUCAGACUGACAGGCCAGUCACAGACGUCCUCCCUUCUGACUGUGUGGAGGGGUUAAAGGUCAUUCAUCAGAAGCUCUUUGACAGACAGCAGUACAGGGGUUUUGGUGGAGAGCUGAUGAGACCAGCAGUCUGUGCUCUGAUAGAGAAGUUGUCCCUGUCCAGGAUGCCGUUUAAGGAUGACCCAGUUAUAAGCGGAUGGCAGUGGCUGAUUGAUGACUGCUUGAAGAGUCUUCAUGUGAUCUCCAGCUCAGCUAAGCAAAACAUUAAGGAGGCGGCGGUGUCGGCUCUGGCCGCUCUGUGUCAGGAGUAUUACCAGGCCGAGCCGGGCGUGGCCGACCCCCACAUGCAGGAGCAGCUGGUGAGUCAGUACAUCGCGGCGCUGAGGAGCCCGGAGGCUCUGAUCCGGUGUGGCUGCGCCCUGGCCCUGGGGUCACUGCCCCGAUUCAUGAUCCAGAACAAACUGCAGCAGGUGCUGGAGGGCCUACAGUCAGCCUGCAGAGUCAAUCAGAAGGAAGUGAGUUUCACUGAGGCCAGGAGAGAUGCAGCCAGAGCCAUGGCACAGGUGUGUGAGACAGUGGGGGUGUCUGCGCAGGGGUCUGGGGACUCUGUCCUGUGUGCUGAGAAUGUGUCUGAGGUCUACUUGGCGCUGCUGGACUGUCUCAACGACUACACCACCGACAGCAGGGGCGACGUGGGGUCCUGGGUUCGAGAGGCAGCCAUGAGCAGCCUGACGGAGGUGACCCUGCUGGUGGUGAGCAGCAGCCCCGAGCUCCUUUCUCCUGAGCUCUGCCGGCGCAUGAUGUGCAGCCUGGCGCAGCAGUCGGCCGAGAAGAUCGACCGCUACCGCGCCCACGCCGGCGCCAUCUUCCUGCGCCUCCUCCACAGCAGCGAGCCCGCAGUCCCUCACAUCCCCCACCGGGAGGAGCUGCUGAGCAUCUUCCCCGCGGAGGAGGCUGGCGCUCUGAACUGGAACGCCCCGUCUCAGGCCUUCCCCCACAUCACCCGGCUUCUGCGGCUGCCGCAGUACCAGUACCACACGCUGCUGGGCCUCACCGUGUCCGUGGGCGGCCUGACCGAGUCCACGGUGCUGUUCUCAGCCCAGUCUCUGUUUGACCACAUGAGGACCAUCCAGCAGGACCGGUCCGCGCUGGAGCAGUUCGGGGCCACCCUGCUGCGCAUCUUCAGAGACCAUCAGCGCAACGACAGAGUGUCCAUCCCCCUCUUGAAGAUGGUGGACCAGAUGUUGGCCAACGGCUGCUUUGACAUCUUCACCAGCGAAGACGAUCACCCGUUCUGUGUGGAGCUGCUGGCUCUGUGUAAGGAGGAGAUAAAGAAGUCCAAAGACGUUCAGAAGCUCCGCUCCAGCAUCACUGUGUUCUGUGGGAUGAUCCAGUUCCAGGGGGAGAUCCGGAAGAAGGUUCUGUUUCAGCUCCUGCUGCUGCUCUGCCACCCAUUCCCUGUGAUCAGAAAAACCGCGGCGAGCCAGGUGUACGAGAUGCUGCUCACCUACGACGAUGUCAUCGACCCUUCUGUCCUGGAUGAUGUCAUGACCCAGCUGAGUGACACCAACUGGGAAGAGGACCUGUCCGCGGUGCGCAACUACAGGAAUCAGCUCUGUGACUGGCUGGGAGUUCAGAGGCCUGCUAUGCUUGCCAAGAGCCCAGCUCAGUGACCCCCCCCCCCCCACUACUCAACCACAGCACUGGACAUCACUCGAUCUGAGGAGAGCACCCAUUCGUGCCCCUCCUUUCUCUCCCUCUAUUUCUCUCCCUCUCUUUUCCUUCCUUUCUGUCUGUCUAAUUCAAAUAGGCUUUGUUAGGCAUACAAAAAUGGCACAAUCAAUAAAGUGCAACUAAACCAGUAAUAAUAAUAAUAAAUUGGUGAAUUAUUAAUUGUUAUUUUACGUUAUUAAUGUAAAAUAAUAAUUCAUAAUUAACUAUGUAAAACAUUUAAAAAUAAUUGAAGUGUAAUUUAGUAAAAAUACAGCAGUAGAAACUACACCAUACUGUGCUAGGUGGAAGUGAUGCCACAGCUGCAUGCUCACUUGCCCUCUGAUUAUAGUCGUCCAAUUAAAUUGGGAGUCAAGGAGUUAUUUUACAAUACAAGAAGAAUACCUCCUCUCUCUCACUCCUUCUCUUGCUUUCUUUCUUUCACUCUCUCCAUCCAUCUGUGCAUUUUCGGGUUCAUGUGUAGUCUGGCUGGCAUCCAAUCAUAACCCUGUGAUGAUCUGUCAAUAAACAAACAAAACGGUUUUAA